AUGUCCCUCCCUGAUGGCCCGGUGCCACCCCCACCCCCACUCUUUCCGGGCAGGUCUGUCCCGGUGAUGUCCCUCCCUGAGGGCCCGGUGCAACCCCCACCCCCACUCUUUCCGGGCGGGUCUGUCUCGGUGAUGUCCCUCCCUGAGGGCCCGGUGCAACCCCCACCCCCACUCUUUCCGGGCGGGUCUUUCCCGGCGAUGUCCCUCCCUGAGGGCCCGGUGCCACCCCCACUCUUUCCGGGCGGGUCUGUCCCGGUGAUGUCCCUCCCUGAGGGCCCGGUGCCUGCCCCACCCGUCACUGUGCAUCAAUAG